GCGUUAGUACGACAUUGGACACUUGUGUUUUCGUUGCACUACACAUGUUUAACGACAUACAAACGUUUAGUGCAGUGAAUGAAACCGAUGUUACGGUGUGAUUUCGUUUAAUAAUGGAUAUCGACAACGACUAUAUUGACUUUGGGGAUGACAGCGACCCCUGUGUGGGCUCGGACAGUUCUUCAGAUGAAGGUGGAUUGGAUAUUGUUCUAAAUGGUACCCCAGAGUUAAAGAGAAAACUCACAGUUCGCUGCAGUAAGAAACCAGAGUUAUCCAGUGAGGAUGAGUUUGAGAAGGAAAUGAAUGAAGAACUGAAUGACACAGUCAAGGCAAUAGAAGCAGAAAGAUGUGGACAAAAGUUUAAGACAGGAAAGAAAGUGCAGUGUCAAGGUGAGAGUUCCAAGUCCAGCAAAGCUGUGAAGGGACAGGAGAGACACUACGAUGAUGUGUACUUUGACUCGGAUGAAGAGGAAAUGGUGACGCAAGGUGAUGAGCGUGUUAAGAAGAAAACUGUCAUCAGUAAUGACGACCUUCUGUAUGACCCUGAUAUGGAUGACCAAGAUCAGGAAUGGGUUGAUAAGAGGAGGCAUCAAUAUCAGCCAGGUACGUCAGGCACUCAGAAAGUUCAGCGACGCCUGCCGCGCAGCGAUGCUGUCUUGGACUGUCCUGCCUGUAUGAGCACACUCUGUCGGGAUUGUCAGAGACACACCUCCUUCGAGAAUCAGUACAGAGCUAUGUUUGUGAUGAACUGUGCUGUAGACAAAUCAGAACUUCUUAAGUAUCCAGAACAGCAACCAAAGAUUUCUAAAAAGAAGUUGAAGAAAUUGAAAAGGUCUGGUAAUAGUUUUAGUGGUUCAGCCACUGGAGCAGAAGUGACUGGUCUAGAGGCUGGGCUAGUUGAUACUGGUUUAGAGACUAGAAUGGAUGCUGUUGGGAACCAGGAAACUGAUACGGAGACUUCCAAGGACAUUUUCAAUCCCGUCAGAUGUACAGAGUGUAACACAGUAGUGGGUGUGUAUGACCAGGACGAAGUUUAUCACUUCUUUAAUGUGCUGGCUAGCUAUACCUAGUACAGAUCUGUACAGCGAGUGUGUGUGUGUGUGUAUGACCAGGGCGAAGUUUAUCACUUCUUUAAUGUGCUGGCUAGCUAUACCUAGUACAGAUCUGUACAGCGAGUGUGUGUGGGUGUGUAUGACCAGGGCGAAGUUUAUCACUUCUUUAAUGUGCUGGCUAGCUAUACCUAGUACAGAUCUGUACAGCGAGUGUGUGUGUGUGUGUGUGUUGAGGUAUGUCUGGGGAGUUGUCUGGAUGUGGUUGGUAGUUUCUGGUGGGUCGGUAUAUCUCUGCCUUGGUGUGUUAAUUGGUGUGUAAUGAUGUUAGAGUGUAUAGAUGUGGAUGUGUGUGUGUGUGUGUGAUCUUGCAUGUAAAUACAUAUUAUUGUUUGUACUAUGAUUUUUAAUUUCAUAUGUAGCCAAAAGAGUUCCUUAUCUGGUGCUGACAGGGCUUGUUUAGUUGAUGGACAGUUUCAAAGUCACAGGAGACAAACAUGUUACAUCUUCAAGGCUCUUUUUCUUAACAAGACCUAGGGUAACAACAUUUUCCUAAUAGCUUUUUGGAAUGAAGAAAUAAUGGUUUGCCAUUAUUACUAAGAAAAAGGAUACUAUAAACUCCUUUGGAAUAAAUGGCUAUGAUUUAGUUUCAAGUUUGCAAGGGUAAAUAAUGUUAAGACUUUUAAACAGCUUCUAAAUAUCCAUGAGUUUCAGAGUAAUGUGUUCGAACUGUAACUUGCUGGUGUGCAGAACUAUCAAGUUUGACCUGCUUUCUUGUUAGAAAUUAAACUCAUACCUAAUACCUGUACAUAAAA